CUAGAAAAGGUAGCGUCACUGGUAUGUUUCACUAGGUAGGCUACGGGCACACCGCCAGACUAGAUAUUGGUGAAAAUUUACUUGGCAGCUGAAACCGGAGUAAAUUUUUUUAAAAAUAAAAGCAUCAGAGCACUAUUUGUAACUUUGAAGAAUUCCUUUUGACCAGGUAUUCGCGUGUGUGUGUCCGCCGUCGUGGGUGCCGCUGCCGCUGCCGCUGCCGCGAUAUAUAAUUUAUAUAUAUAUCAACCGAUAUAAUCCGAGACGGUACAUACGCCGCUGACGCUGCCGCAGCCGCUGCCGAUAACGCCGCCGCCGCCGCGUUGAAUAACAUAUUCCGGGAUUACCCACUAUUGCAAGUAAAAGAUAGAACCGUGGACGACCACGCAGGUGAAAGCGCUGCCGCCAUGCCCGGAGCCGGCACGUUCAAGCUGUUCAUCGGUAACCUUGACGAGAAGACUCAGGCCACCGAGCUGCGGGCACUGUUCGAGAAGUACGGCACGGUCGUUGAGUGCGACGUGGUGAAGAAUUAUGGGUUCGUGCACAUGGAAACGGAGCAGCAGGGUCGCGACGCCAUCCAGAAUCUGAACGGUUACGUGUUGAAUGACAAUGCCAUCAAGGUGGAGGCGGCCAAGAGUCGCCGUGCUCCGAAUACCCCAACGACGAAAAUCUUCGUUGGAAAUCUGACGGAUAAAACGCGAGCGCCGGAGGUGCGGGAAUUGUUCCAAAAAUACGGCACCGUCGUCGAAUGCGACAUUGUACGGAAUUAUGGUUUCGUGCAUCUGGACUGUGUCGGCGAUGUGCAGGAUGCCAUCAAGGAGCUGAACGGUCGUGUCGUUGACGGCCAGCCGCUCAAAGUGCAAGUGUCGACGAGUCGUGUACGCCCAAAGCCGGGCAUGGGCGAUCCGGAGCAGUGUUAUCGUUGCGGCCGUUCCGGUCAUUGGUCGAAAGAGUGUCCGCGCCUCUAUGGCAGCGCCGGAGGCGGACGCGAGCCCCCGUCGCCGCUAAGUGCUGGCGGCUACAGGGACCGUAUGUACGGUCGCGAUCCGUAUCCGCCGCCACCACCUCCGCCGCCGUUCCUGCGUGACCGCAUCAUGGAUGGCUUUAGGGACUAUGAUUACUAUGACCGACGCUUCGAGGAUUCCCGGGAUCUGUACGAGCGCCGCUAUCAGACGUCGCGUAUGCGCGAUUUUGUGCCACCGCCGCCGAUUUCGCGUCGCGAGCCCAUGCCCUUGCCGCCCCCCUUGAGCGGCAGCCUGCGUUCCUGCAGUGUUACACGUGGAUAUGAUACGAUGUUCAGUCGUCGCUCGCCGCCACCGCCGCGUAGCAGCAACGGAAUGAGUCGUUAUGGCUCCCCAACACCCCACGGCUAUGAGGACUUUAGCCGGGACUCGUUCGAUGAACGGAUGAUCUCGUCGCGUGGAAUGCGUGGUCCCUCGCCUCCGGGUCGCCGAUAUGCGCCCUACUGAGAUGAGUUGUACUAUCACGGCAGCAGCUGAGUGGCGGUCGCAUUUCCCAUGACUAUGUCACCGUGGCUCCACACGCUCUACCAUUUGCCAAACACACCGCCGGGGAGGAGUGCCGCCGCGGACUACUGCUGUUGGCUCCUCUGCUGGCCGCCAGCGGCCGCCUACUAUCAGCACAUGCUGCUGCCAACACUUUCACAACUGUGGCUGCCGCCGCCCCGGUAGACCACGCCUAUAUUACUAAGUCCCCCCCCCCCCAUACAUUAUAAUUCGUAAUCAGCAACCACUUGUAGUAGCAUCCUCCUUAAAAAAAAAAAUGCAUAACUCUGCCGAAAGACUAGACAACGACGUGCCCCUGCCCCUUUUAAACAAACACACACACACACAUCCCCACUCUGCGAUUCGUUUUAUCGGCAGGACAUUUUCAAUACUGUUUACCAACAAAAUAAAAAAAGCAUAAGCGGUCGUAAAUAUGCAAAAAUA